AUGCCAUCACCACUGGCCCUGGCUCGCGAUUUUGACGUUCCUGCCGCACGUGACCCGACGCGCCAGGCUCCUGCCCAGUCAGGGCGCUGCUUUCUCCAAACGCCCCGCCUUCCACCACCGCCCCGCUUUGGCGUCACGUUCUCGCGAACCUUGGCUUGAUCUCGGCGUCUUCAGAGGACGAGGAGGCUCGACGAACAAGCUUUCUCUUCUUCUCCUCUCUCACUCUCUCUCUCUCUCGUGCGCGUCGGGUCCGCCUGUUUUGUUUUUGGUUCUCGUCCCCGCCUUACCCCGAAGGCGACGGAGGGAGAGACCUGAGGAAGGCGAGCCCGGGCGGCGGGGAAAGCCGCGAAAGGCGAGGCGGCGCCGGGAGACGCGGAUAGAAAAGUAUUGCCAAAAUGUCUGACAGCGAAGAAAGCAACUUCUCUGAAGAUGAGAGCGAACACAGCAGUGAGGCAGAAGAGGUAGAGGAGAAUGAGGCAGAAGAAGAGCGGGCCAGUGUUGUAGGCAGUGAGAAAGAAGAAGUGGAGGAAGAAGAGGAGGAGGAGGAAGAGGAGGAAGAAUAUGAUGAAGAGGAAGAAGAGGAUGACGACGACCGGCCUGCAAAGAAACCCAGACAUGGAGGAUUUAUUUUGGAUGAAGCUGAUGUGGAUGAUGAGUAUGAAGAUGAAGAUCAAUGGGAGGAUGGCGCAGAGGACAUCCUGGAGAAAGAAGAAAUUGAAGCAUCCAACAUUGACAACGUGGUUCUGGAUGAGGAUCGCUCUGGGGCACGGAGACUGCAAAACCUGUGGAGGGACCAACGGGAGGAAGAGCUAGGAGAAUACUACAUGAAGAAAUAUGCCAAGUCCUCGGUGGGCGAGACGGUGUAUGGUGGCUCUGAUGAGCUUUCUGAUGACAUCACACAGCAGCAGUUACUGCCCGGAGUCAAGGAUCCCAACCUCUGGACUGUGAAAUGUAAGAUUGGAGAGGAGCGGGCCACAGCCAUUGCCCUGAUGAGGAAGUUCAUUGCCUACCAGUUCACUGAUACACCCUUGCAGAUCAAGUCGGUGGUUGCCCCUGAGCACGUGAAAGGCUACAUCUACGUGGAGGCCUACAAGCAGACCCACGUGAAGCAGGCCAUUGAGGGGGUGGGCAACCUCCGGAUGGGCUACUGGAACCAGCAGAUGGUGCCCAUCAAGGAGAUGACGGAUGUGCUAAAGGUGGUGAAGGAGGUGACCAACCUGAAGCCAAAGUCGUGGGUCCAGCUCAAGAGGGGUAUCUAUAAGGACGACAUUGCACAGGUGGAUUAUGUGGAGCCCAGUCAGAAUCAGAUAUCACUGAAGAUGAUUCCACGUCUUGAUUUUGAACGCAUCAAAUCCCGCACGAGUCUGAAAGACUGGAUUACUAAUCGGAAGAAGUUCAAGCGUCCCCCGCAGCAUCUCUUUGACGCAGAGAAUAUCCGGUCUUUGGGUGGCGAUGUGGCCUCCGACGGGGAUUUCCUCAUCUUUGAAGGGAAUCGUUACAGCCGGAAAGGUUUCCUCUUCAAGAGCUUUUCUAUGUCUGCUGUGAUCACAGAAGGAGUGAAGCCCACUCUGUCUGAGCUGGAGAAAUUCGAGGACCAACCGGAAGGCAUUGACCUGGAGGUGGUGACAGAAAGCACGGGGAAAGAACGGGAGCACAACUUCCAGCCUGGAGACAACGUGGAGGUGUGUGAGGGGGAGCUGAUCAACCUGCAAGGCAAGAUCCUGAGUGUGGAUGGUAUCAAGAUCACCAUCAUGCCAAAGCAUGAAGACCUCAAGGACAUGUUAGAGUUCCCAGCCCAAGAAUUGCGCAAAUACUUCAAAAUGGGGGACCAUGUGAAGGUGAUUGCUGGGCGCUUUGAGGGCGACACGGGGCUGAUUGUCCGUGUGGAGGAAAACUUUGUGAUCCUCUUCUCUGACCUCACAAUGCAUGAGCUCAAAGUCCUCCCCCGGGACCUCCAGCUCUGCUCGGAGACAGCCUCUGGCGUGGAUGCAGGUGGCCAGCAUGAAUGGGGGGAGCUGGUGCAGCUGGACCACCAGACUGUUGGGGUCAUCGUCCGUCUGGAGCGGGAGACCUUUCAGGUCCUCAACAUGUUUGGCAAAGUGGUGACGGUCAGGCACCAGGCUGUGAACCGGAAGAAGGACAACCGAUUUGCGGUGGCCCUGGACUCGGAGCAGAAUAACAUCCACGUCAAGGACAUUGUCAAAGUCAUUGAUGGGCCACACUCGGGCCGUGAGGGAGAGAUCCGCCACCUCUUCAGGGGCUUUGUUUUCCUGCAUUGCAAGAAGCUGGUGGAAAAUGGUGGCAUGUUUGUAUGCAGGAUGCGUCAUUUGGUUCUGGCUGGAGGCUCAAAGCCCCGGGACGUCACAAACUUCACCAUUGGCGGCUUUCAGCCCAUGAGUCCUCGUAUCAACAGCCCCAUGCAUCCCAGUGCUGGAGGGCAGCGUGGCGGCUUUGGAGGAGGUGGGAUGAGCCGAGGCCGCGGGCGCAGAGAUAACGACCUUAUUGGGCAGACGGUGCGGAUUUCCCAAGGGCCCUACAAAGGCUACAUUGGUGUGGUCAAGGAUGCCACGGAAUCCACUGCCCGUGUGGAGCUGCACUCCACCUGCCAGACCAUCUCUGUGGACAGACAGCGUCUCACCACGGUUGGCUCAGGGAGACCAGGCGGCAUGAACUCCAAUUACGGGCGGACCCCAAUGUAUGGCUCUCAGACUCCAAUGUAUGGCUCGGGGUCCCGCACUCCCAUGUAUGCAUGUCAGACUCCACUGCCCGAUGGCAACAGGACUCCUCACUGUGGCUCUCAAACACCCUUGCAUGAUGGCAGUCGGACGCCUGCCCAGAGUGGGGCUUGGGACCCCAACAACCCCAAUACUCCCUCCAGGGCGGAUGAAGAGUUCGACUAUGGUUUUCAUGAUGAGCCCACCCCUUCUCCACAAGGCUACGGAGGAACUCCCAACCCACAGACUCCUGGCUACCCUGAUCCUUCUUCCCCGCAGGUUAACCCACCGUACAACCCUCAGACGCCUGGCACCCCGGCCAUGUAUAACACAGACCAGUUUUCUCCAUACGCUGUUCCAUCCCCUCAGGGCUCCUACCAGCCGAGUCCAAGCCCACAGAGUUUCCAUCAAGUGGCGCCUAGCCCUGUAGACUACCAGAAUACCCACUCGCCAGCCAGUUACCACCCGACACCAUCCCCAAUGGCUUACCAGGCUAGCCCCAGCCCUAGCCCCGUGGGCUACAGCCCCAUGACUCCAGGGGCUCCCUCUCCAGGCGGUUAUAACCCUCACACCCCUGGGUCUGGGAUUGAGCAGAGCUCCAGCGACUGGGUCACCACUGACAUCCAGGUCAAAGUACGUGACACAUACUUAGACAGCCAUGUCGUGGGUCAGACGGGAGUCAUCCGCAGCGUGACUGGCGGCAUGUGCUCAGUCUACCUUAAGGACAGUGAGAAGGUAGUCAGCAUUUCAAGCGAGCACCUGGAGCCUGUGAUACCAACCAAGAAGAAUAAGGUCAAGAUCAUCCUGGGAGAGGAUCGAGAGGCCACCGGCGUCUUGUUGAGCAUCGAUGGAGAUGAUGGCAUUGUCCGCAUGGACUUGGAAGAACUGAAGAUCCUCAACCUGCGCUUCCUUGGCAAGUUGCUGGAGGCCUAGAGAGAUGAAGGAUCAUUUUCUCUGUGUGUGGUGUGCGUGGCUGCUUUUUUUCAUAUCACCUGCAGACUGGUACAGCAUGUCCUUGUACAGAUUUGCUCCCAAGAAAGUUUUAUUUUCCUGUGUUUUUUUUCAUUGCUGCUGCUUUCCCCAGCUCAGCAGGUGAUCUUGUUUUUUGGGGAGGGGGGUUUCAGGAGCAGUCUUGCAAUUGCGCAUAAAGUGACUUCAGCAGAAGAUACGGGUGGAGCGCAGCACCAUUCCCUUCUUUUUCUCCCUCUUGUAGCACUUUAUGCCCUCUACCGCACCAGAACCAUCCAGUGUGUUGCUUGUUUUAAUAAAAUCUUACAACGCACCCCGUUUGUCUGUGCUGCGUUCACCUUAUUAGCAAACACCAUCUUCAAGACUUCUGUCUUAUUUUUGGAGGUAUUUAAGUGCUUCAUGCUCUGAAGAACAGAUUUAAGAUUACUGUAGUCGUCUUCUUUUUAACCCCUUUGGAGUGUAAAUACUGUUUCUGUUGAGCAGGAAGAGGAAUGUUUUUCUGAGUUCAGAGCAAGUAAAGUUUAAUGUUGCAGUUUGGCCCGAGAGACAAUUUUCCAUUAAGAUUUCCUGACUGUAACAGCCUGCUGCUUUUCCUUAGGACAAGGCUGCAAUCCAAUACAUGACUACUUAGAACUAAGCUCCAUUGGGUUCAGAUGGGAUGAACUCACAGGUCAGUGUGUAUUGGAUUGCAGCACUACUUAUGUUCCUUGUUCCAAAAGUUACAGGCAGGGUCGGAGACUCAAAGCACCUUGGUCUUGUUUCAUUCCCCUUCUGUACAAAAAAGCAAAGUGGAUGGCAGAUGCAAAUAUUCACAAUAAAUGUGUGAAUUUAUUGGAA